CACAAGCGACGGCAGAAGAGGGCCAGUCCGUCGCUAUUGCAAAUGGUGAUGGUAAGAUGAGCCUGCUGAGCUGGUUACGGAGGUUGUACUCCCUGGACACUCUCGACCCCCGUUUUACAGCGUCAGCAAACCAGAAUCGGCCUUUCGCUGGCGGGACGAGAAAUGGUGGAGGCGCAAAGCCAGCGAAGAAUGGCGUAUCUCCGUCCAGAUGGAACACUCCCGAGUUCUACAUUUACUAUGUUGUCUUCAUCAUCGCUGUCCCGAUGAUGUUUAAGACUGCAAUUGAUGUUUCUCAGGAGUCUCAUCCGACUUACUCGAAUUAUUCUGAGCUCCUUGCUCCUGGAUGGAUCCCUGGUCGCAAAGUGGACAAUUCCGACCUCCAAUACGCCAGCUUCCGUGAUAACAUUCGCUAUAUGGCACUGUUGAUCAUUAUCCAUCCGUUGCUUCGCCGUCUCUACAAUCAUUUCUUUCCUUCUAAGCUAGCGAAUUCACCGUCCCCCAAUAAAGCUGGUGUCGCAGUGGGACAUCCUUCGGCUACCGCAGCCCAAUCGAGAUUCGAGAAACGAGUGUCAUUUGAUUAUUGGUUUGCAUUGAUAUUCUUAGUUGCUCUUCACGGAUUUUCUUCUUUGAAGGUACUAGGAAUUCUCUUAAUCAACUAUAACAUAGCAACGAAUCUGCCAAGACCUUAUAUACCAGCGGCAACAUGGAUAUUCAAUAUCGGCAUUUUGUUCGCGAACGAACUUCUGCACGGGUACAAGUACGCCAGGAUUGCAGCCUCCAUUGCGUCCAUGCUCGGUCUUGGUGUAGAUGCCGAUAUCAGCUCCUGGGGAGAGUGGCUCGAUAGUUUGGGGGGUAUCGUUUCACGAUGGGAGGUCCUUUUUAACAUAACCGUUUUGCGGCUUAUAAGUUUUAAUCUUGACUACUAUUGGAGUCUAGAUUAUCGGGCUGGAAGCCCACUGGAGAAGAAGCAACUCGAUCCAUCAGCCCUAUCCGAGCGUGAUCGCAUCUACACCCCCGCUGAUCCGUUAUGUUUCAACGUUAGAAACUAUCUUUCAUACACUCUAUAUUCGCCUCUCUACCUUGCCGGUCCCAUAAUCACAUUCAACGAUUAUAUUCAUCAGCAGAAAUAUCAACCGCCUUCAAUAUCAAAAACUCGCACUUUGUUGUAUGGCGUGCGCUUCUUACUUACACUGCUCUCCAUGGAAUUGAUUCUCCACUAUAUCUACGUUGUCGCCAUCUCUAAAUCAUCCCCGGACUGGUCUAUAUAUACCCCCUUCCAGCUGAGCAUGUUGGGAUAUUUCAACCUCCAUAUCAUCUGGCUGAAGCUUCUCAUUCCAUGGCGAUUCUUCCGCUUAUGGGCUUUGAUUGACGGCAUCGAUCCCCCCGAAAACAUGGUACGAUGCAUGUCAGACAAUUAUUCUGCCCUCGCCUUCUGGCGAAGUUGGCAUCGAUCGUUCAAUCGAUGGGUAGUCCGGUACCUUUACGUUCCUCUCGGCGGCAGUCGAAGUGAACGCAGCGAUAAACCUUUUGUUUCCAAAGUGCGUGGCGUAAUCAACUUCCUUGUCGUUUUUACUUUCGUUGCCCUUUGGCACGAUAUAAACCUCCGUCUCCUCAUGUGGGGCUGGCUCAUCACCCUUUUCGUUCUCCCUGAAAUCCUUGCUUCUCUGCUCUUUCCAGAGCAUAAAUGGCGUACAAGGCCGAAUACAUACCGCGUACUUUGCGGGGUUGGCGCUGUGGCCAACAUACUUAUGAUGAUGGCGGCAAAUUUGGUCGGGUUUGCGUUGGGGUUAGACGGUUUGCAAGGGUUAUUGAGCGGCAUUUUGGGAUCGUAUGCAGGUCUGGCGUAUCUCGCAGGGGCUUGUGCGGCGGUCUUCGUUGGAGUUCAAGUUAUGUUUGAGAUUCGCGAAGAGGAAUUCCGUGCUGGUAUCCGGUUGAAGUGCUGAUUUGCAACAUGCACACGUUCCAGAAGGGUAGUUCGUCCCUGUGGUUACAAUUUCAUUUUAUUUCCAAAUAGACCGAGUUCGACGGUCUAAGACGGCCUGUUAUGUUGUACAUUAUUGUGACACGCAUAGAACAUAGCGUUGGAUUCUUCAAGGUCAUAGCAAUCAAGGGUUCGGAGCAAUAGUUGCCGGAAUAUAGUCCGAAAACGAGCCAAAAGGUCAACUCUCUUUGAUCUGCGAGCUACCCCUGAGCAAAACACGCAUUAUGACCCUACUUUUUGGGUUCAGGCGCUAGAGUCGGAUGUUGUACGAUUCACAUGAUGGCAAUCUCGGAACCGUAUAAUCUUCAACCACAGUAUCAAAGCCAUCCCUCUUCGAAGGGUACGACUCAAUAAUUUUGACACUUCAGAUAGCUGUCGAAUAAAUAAAUAGGUACCGCACCUUUCUCGAUAUCGGUGACUACCGCUCCCCCGGGGGGAGGGGAUAAAUGGAGCAAGGAUCCCUAUUUAAAGAGCCUUUUCUGCUAUCAUCAAAGGGGGCCCGGAAGUAUCUCAUGAUGGAUAAUCUUUCGCGAGGUGCUUGGAUUUCAAGGAAACCUUCAUGCUGUUAAAUAUUUCACGCAAAGAUCCGGCCACAAGCCGUCUCAUCAUGUGUUCUUUGGCACUCUAAGCCGCACACCCUUGCUUGGCACCUGAUACACUUCAACUUUCCCCAGUAUCCACAAAUUCCGCAGAAUUGCCGCGGACGUUUACGAUUCAGCUCGUCGGGAAACGUCGCACGGGAUGUCUUAUAGGUGAGCGGUGGUUCCGAAAGGAGAGCCUGCACGAUACGCUCUGAGGGCGCGGAAGGGAUAUACGAGCGGAGAAGGGGAUCAUUGUCGAAUUCAGAGGUGAUUAGUUGGGAUACUACUGGCUCUGGAGGGGCUGGGCGAGGUUGCUUUGAUAUUUUCGGUGUAGUUUUAGAAGACGUGGGGGGUGUUUUGCCAGCUCGUGGAGCGUUUGGUCGUGGCGCGGUG